AUGUCUACGGAGUCUGUCUUGGAUCUUUGGCGGUUUGCGCGGCUGCCCGUUGAGCUGCGGCUCAGAGUGUGGGAAGCGGCCUGCCCGACACCAUCAAUGCAACUCUUCGACGUGUGUCUCCCACCAGAGUUGCCACAGACAGAAGAGGGUGGUGACUCGGCCCUCCGAGAGUUUGUGGCAACAGAUGAGGAAAGCCGUCGGUGUGCGCAGGUUCAGGACGCGAUCUUCUUCGACCAGCACCGUGGAGAGCAGCAGCAGACGUUUCCUGACCCUUCCAUGUACCGGCAGAGGAUGAGGCUAGAGGCGGUGUGCUUCGACGCGUCCCUCGCCGUUGCGCUGCCAUCUCUGCCAAGACGUCCUGGUGGCCGGGCUGCGUCAACUUCGGCUGCAUCGCCGUCCGCGGGCAUCUUCACGAGCGACGUCAACACAGUCUAUCUGCCGGGGCCGCGCCGUCUUGUGCACUACAACAACCAGACAGAUGUGCUGCAUCUGUGUUUUCCACAGCGAGAGAACGCGUCAAGCGCCACGACAGGGACCGCACCAAGAAACCGCUGUACAGUGCUACGGACGGCCGACAGCGGCAACAGUCUCGAUCUCGGCAGCCUGCUGGGUGCUCGAUGGAGCGACGAAGCGGCCGAGACCAUACGGACGGCAAACCGCAUUGCUCUGGACGCGGGCGAUAUGGUCGCCAUGAUCAGCAAGAUGGCUAGUCAGGACCUUGAAGACGGCAUUAUGUUCCUAGCCUGUAUGCUGCAGCAGCAUUUAGAGGUGCUGUACCUGGUGGACUAUUGCGUGGGCCGGUGCCAGUGUUGCGGACGGCAGCAGCUGGACGCCUGCGCGUCAGUUCGUGCUGGCGGGACCCUACGUGCAGGUCUCCAUGGUAACAGCGAGGGAGUUCUCGGCGACAGCGAGCAGCAGCGGCAGCCCGAUGUGAUCUGGGGUGUGAAGCGGACAUACCGCGAGGUCCUAGACUUGGAGAGGCUGAGAUGGACGAGCAGUCACCUGGCAUACCAAUUUGCGCGGGCUAUUGGCGAUGCCAUCCGAGAACAGCAAGCGUUUGGAACACAACCAGGGCAGUUUCAGGGGGUACGGGUUUUGGUCGCUGAGGAUCAGUAG